GGCACACAUAACAAAAGGGAAGAAAUGAAGGACAUGUGUGUUGCUUUGGGUCGAAAAUGCAGGACGCCUCCGCCAGGCCAGCCAGGUAUAAAACUCGUCUGUCGACCAGCACCCAUCAGCCAGUCAAGUCCUGCUAAAACGUUCACAGUCUCUUCAGCUUUCUCCGCUCGAUUUCUCCAGCAACACACAUUCAACAAACAGUUUCUCGAAUAUUUUCUCAGUGUCUAGUUGUGAUUCUUCUUCAAGUUUUUACAAGUGGGAAAAAAUACGAAAUUUAUCAGCAAAAAUGUUUCACGUCACUCGAUGGAUUUUGGCCAUUGCGGCGAUCGGUUGGAUUGGUGCGGCCGCCCAGGAGGUUGCCUCAGGGAGUAGCAAUGAACAGCAGCAAUCGGCAAACGGAAGAGAUCUUCUAGGCGGAUUUGGAAGUAUUUUAGGCGGUUCUGGUUUCGGUUCGGGAUUGGGAGGCUUUGGUGGAGCGUCCUCAUUCCCAUCUUACGGCGGAUUGACUUCACCCUACUCUUCCGGCUCACUUUACGGCACUCAGGCGGCCAUCGGCUACAACCAGCAAAGUCUUUACGGCCAACAAGCCGUCGCCGGAUAUCCAGGAGCUUUCGGCGGACAGACGUACGGAGCUGGCGCUGGAUUGGGUGGAUUUGGUGGUGCUUCUUAUCCAGGAGGCGGAUUUGGGCAGCAAGGAUUUGGACAGCAAGGAUAUGGACAGCAAGGAUUUGGGCAGCAAGGAUUCGGAGCAGGAUCGCUGUAUGGUGCUGGAGGCUAUCCCAGUUACGGCGGAGUCGGAAGUUACCCGGGUUUUGGAACAUCCGGCGCUGGGCUUGGGAGUCUUUCUGCUUACCCUGGAAGUGUUUACGGCCAACAGUCUGGUCUCUACAGUCAAUACGGCCAACAAAAUCCAUACGGUCAAUACGGCCUCUACAAUCAACAGAGUCUUUACGGUCAGGGUGCUCUGAAUCCUUACGGCUACGGCAGCCAACAGCGACCUUAUCGCUCCUCUUCCGAUCCUUCUUCAUCGUCGUCCUCCUCCUCUCAGUACACCGAUGACUCUUCCGCCAACGAAAGGCAUUAACUUUUCAUUCCAACUAACCAAACAAAAAAUAAACGAACAAUUUCAUUUUCUUUUUUUUAAAAACCCAAAUUUUGUUGUUGUGACUUAACUUAAUUCUCAUGCAAUAUACGCGAUUAAAAAUCAAA